AUGUCACAGGACAUCCUGGAUCCUCUCAGGACCCCCAGUAGUUGGCACCCCAAAGCUACACUGCGCUCCUUCAGCCAGCUCUGUGAGCACCUGCAGCUGGAUGCUCAGUCUGCCCCUCGACCACUGUACCCCACAAUCAAGCAACGUCUCUGCUACUGGAGAGCCAAUGCUCUUUGGUCUAAACUGGACCGCAGGGCCGCCCUAAGUGAAUAUCAGAGGGGCCAAGCCUGCAGCAAUGUCACAUGUGUGGUCAUCGGUGCGGGCCCUUGUGGUCUGAGGACCGCAGUGGAGCUGAGCUUCAUGGGAGCUCGAGUGGUGGUGUUGGAGAAAAGGGAGUCGUUUUCCAGGAACAAUGUUCUUCACCUGUGGCCGUUUACUAUUCAUGAUCUCAGAGGACUUGGGGCAAAGAAGUUUUAUGGAAAGUUCUGUGCAGGCUCCAUUGACCAUAUCAGUAUCCGUCAAUUACAACUCAUCCUCCUCAAGGUGGCGCUGUUGCUUGGCGUUGAAGUCCAUGUUAAUGUGGAGUUUAAAAGUUUGAUUGAACCCCCACCAAAACAACAACAAAAGGUGGGCUGGAGGUUGGAGACCCACCCCAAAGCUCACCCGGUCAGUCAGCUUGACUUUGAUGUUGUCAUUGGUGCGGAUGGACGAAGAAACACUUUGCCAGGUUUUAAACGCAAAGAAUUCAGAGGAAAACUUGCUAUUGCCAUCACUGCAAACUUUAAAAAUCGUCAUACGACUGCGGAUGCUAAGGUGGAGGAGAUUAGUGGCGUGGCCUUCAUUUUCAACCAACGUUUCUUUCAAGAACUACGGGAAGAAACUGGGAUUGACUUGGAGAACAUUGUGUACUACAAAGAUGACACACAUUACUUCGUAAUGACUGCCAAAAAACAAAGUCUCUUGGAAAAACGUGUCAUUCUGCAAGAUUGUGUGGACACUGAGCUUCUACUCUCUCCUGACAACGUAGACCAGAAUGCUUUGCAGGUCUAUGCCCGCGAAGCCGCAGAUUUCUCCACCAAUCACCAGCUGCCGUCUCUGGACUUUGCCAUGAAUCACUACGGACAGCCAGACGUCGCCAUGUUUGACUUCACCUGUAUGUACGCCUCCGAGCACGCUGCCAUGUUUUACCAGCGCCACAAGCACCAUCUGCUGGUCACUUUGGUUGGAGAUAGUUUAUUGGAGCCUUUUUGGCCCAUGGGUACUGGUGUAGCUCGAGGUUUUCUUGCAGCCCUAGACACAGCAUGGAUGAUCCGCAGUUGGGCAAAUGGAGGUGCUCCUUUAGAUGUUCUUGCCAUGAGAGAAAGUUUAUACCGUAUCCUGCCUCAGACAACUCCAGAAAACAUGCAAAAAAACAUCAGUCUAUACACUUUGGAUCCAACCACAAGAUAUGUCAACGUCAACACCCAACUCACUCCUGCUCAGGUGAGACAUUUGGUGAACACGAGUCACGAGACGGGGGACAGCGCACACGACUUGGAGUCUGUCAGAGCGCCGUUUGUUAGACCGGAUUCUUUCUCUCACUGCGAUAAGCUGCUCACUUGGUGCCAGGAGCGGACGCGAGGUUACUCUGGAGUUGUAAUCCAUGACCUCACCACUUCCUGGAAGAAUGGCCUUGCGUUGUGUGCCCUUAUUCACAGCUACUGUCCUGAACUGAUUGAUUUUCAGUCUUUGGAUAAAUCAGAGGAGGAAGACAACAUACAGCUUGCUUUUGAUGUGGCUGAGCGAGCAUUUGGUAUCUCCCCUCUGAUGACUGUAGAAGAGAUGCUGUCCAUGGCAGAACUCGACUCUCUGUCGAUGGUGAUGUAUUUGAGUCAGUUCUACCAGCUGCUCGGCACCACACAUCCAGCAGGUUCCCUUUCUCAGUUUGCAGAAUUGCGAGGAGCCCUCAUUACUUCAGUUACACUUUUAAGUAGACUAGGAUACAGUCCAUCCAGAAAAAGAACCACACAUUUAAGGACCUUAGAAGAGAAAAAGGAUAACCUUACAAAAAUUAGACGAGAAAGUCAACCACAAGAUGAACCAGGUUUGGAAGUAGAUAUUGAGGAACCUUUAUCUGACCCCAAUGCAAGUGGUCCACCGUAUGACCAGUACAAGACCAAAGUGCGCUUAAUGGCAAGCAAGCUUCAAGGAAAACAAGAAUUCACCUCUCAACCAAGAAUCCAUAACAAGAGACCAACGACUUUGGACUCACAGCAAGAACAGGGGGAGAUAUUGUCCCCAUCUGUUCCAGAGAGUAGAACCCCUUCAGAAGCCUCUGCUCCACUGCCGGCGUGGAGACUGAAAAAACGAACACAGCAACAAGAAAUGAUGAGUUUUCGUUUCAAAGAGCGAAUCAAGUCACAGCAGGCUGCAGGCACAGCCGGCAGCAGUGAAACGUGCUUCUUCUGUAAGCAGCAUGUGUACGUGAUGGAGCGGAUGAGCGCAGAGGGCCUGUUCUUUCACCGCACCUGUUUUCUGUGUGAUAACUGUGGCUGCAGCUUGAGAAUCACCACCUACACCUACGACCGGCCCAGUGGGAAGUUUUUCUGUCCGGAGCAUUUUAACUCAGGUUUACAAACCACAGCUGCAAGAAAGAGACGACUUCCUUCAGACAGAGAUAUCUCUCACCGCACAUCUAUAGUUUCUUUGAUUCCAUCUUUCACUGGUUCCUCGACUGACUCUUUAAUCUCCCUCGCCGCUGAGCGCCGUCGGUCAUCAGUGGUUUCUCUGAUGGAGGCGGCUCUUAACAAAAAGCAGACAGCCACGCCUGAGAGGAUCGGGCUGGAGAACUGUCGCCGCUGCUCCACAAAUGUUGAGACUAAUCUGUUGGACGAAGCCGAGGAGACACACGAGGUGUCUGAGGAGACGCUUAAUGACUUUAACCUGAGACUCCAGGACGACACUCAAACCAGCAAGAGCCGGCCGAGUUCUGAGUCAGAUAUGGAAGAGAAGACAGGAGCGCAAAGUCAUACUUCACGGAGAGAUUCCAAACCGCCUCAGACUGAUCUGAGAGAGAAAUCAAAGGCGAUAAAGCUUGAGUUUGAUGAAGAAAACAAGGAGGAAGAGAUGGAUGUCCAUGACAUUGCAACUCCUGACUCCCGGAUUGAGGCUCUUCUGCGCACCCCCUCCACAGCCUCCCUUGUCACCUCUGCUGGCUCCUCCUCAUUGAACUUCGGUCCUGCCAGUUCUGUGGAGACUGCGCCUAGACUUACGUAUUUGGGAGAGCAUCCGAAGCAUGGCUCCUUCAGUGACAUAAGUCCAGAAAUUCCACAAAUUCGACCAUUGCUUCAGCAGAAGUUGGAAACUGAGCAGGAAAUGAUUGAGACAAGUGAGUCACUGCUGCUCCAUCUGAAAGGGCUGAAGAACACUUCGAUGGUGGGACGAAUAGAUGGGAGCCUGAGCCAAGAUUUCCUCAAGACAACUUUAUAUGGAAAUGUGGAGAAGAAAAACUGGAAGAGCAGAGCUUCACUUCUCAGAGGAAAACGGAAGGCAAACGAGGAAAGAAAUCGAAGAGGCAAAGAUCAUGUUCAUUCUACAUUUUCCGAGACUGAGCUGGAGAAUUCCACUCUGCUCCAGAGAUGUUCAUUAACGCCAAGAAAAAAUUUACAGCUGGAUCUUUCUGAUCUCACAUCCGAAAUACAAAGAGUCACAUUAAAGGAAGAGGUGGGCAUCAGACAGCCAGCUUAUGUUCCCCACGCUCUGGCUUUUAGACGUUCCUAUGGCAUAAAGAAAAUCUCUCAAAAGGACAGAACUCUAGUUCAAGACUCAGAUGGAGGAUCUUCUUGCCCAACAGAAGUGCUGGGAGUUCUUGUACAUCCCCAGGAGGCAUCCAGCUUAAGCGUGCGGGAAAACUUAUUUCAAAAGAAAAUUGAUGAGGACGAGGAAGACCUGGAUGCCAAGAUCACUCGACGAGUGCAAAAAGCUGCUCGAAAACAGGCAAAAAAAGAGCAACUGAAAAGACUUCACAAAGCUCAAGUAAUUCAGAGACAGUUGCAGCUGCUGGAUGAGAAGCAGAGGCUGUUGGAGGCCCGCGGAGUGGCCGUGGAGAAGGCGCUACGAGGAGAAGCCGAUUAUUGGGGAGAAUCUGGUGAUAGCCAAGACUUUGAUCUUUACCUUGGGGGUUUAGGUAAACUGGAAAACCCAGCGCUCAUGCAGCAGUGGUUCCAGCUGGUGCAACAGAAGAACUCUUUAGUCCGCUAUGAGUCUGAGCUGAUGAUAUUCGCCCGGGAGUUAGAGCUGGAGGAUCGGCAGUGUCGACUACAACAAGAAUUGAGAGAAAGAAUGGCUGUAGAUGACCACCUGAAGGAGACCUCAGAGCUGGAGGAGGAGCGGUUGAUUUUGCAGGAGAUGCUGGAGGUUGUGGAGCAGAGAGACGCUCUGGUGAGUCUGCUGGAGGAGCAGCGGCUGCAGGAGAAGCAGGAGGAGCAGGACCUGGAGGCUCUGAUGCUCUCCAAAGGCUUGGGACUUAACUGGGACUAG